AUGGCUCCCAAGAGUAUUUCAGCGCGAAAUGCUGCAAAGGCGCAUCCAUACGCCCAAGUGAAGCUGCCGCGAAGUCUGAGAGCCUACGAUUUGAUCACCGCACUGGCAGUUCCAGGUCUCUUCCUUUACCUGAUGUUCGUAGCUCCCGGCGGUGAAAAAUCCGAGCUCUCCAUAGUACGUCGCUGGACCGAAGGGUUAAUCCAAGACGUUCGGGAUUGGUGGAAUAAAGUCCCACGAGAUGCAGAGGUCGACCCCGAGAUUUUGUUACAACUUGAGCGAUCUCGCAAGCCAUAA